AUGAAUUCACAAGAUCCAGAAAUGAACACAAGCAAUACAAGUCUUAAUAAUAUGUUAUUUUUUGACAAUUUCGACUAUGUUCCAGAUGAUUAUGAUGUGGAAGAUAUUGAAAGUAUGGACAUGACUACUAAAACACGCACUUUGACAGAAGCAGAUGAAGACGAGGAUAUACUUCUUUUAAAGGAUAUUGAUAUUGAUACUGAAACAAAUAGUAAUGAGACGCUAGCAUUCGAACCAGAAUCAAUUAUAUUUGGAUCAAAUAAUGAAAAUGAAUAUUUUAUUGAGAAUAUAGAAGAAAAUGCUAAUCAAAUAUUAUCAGUUUGUCCAAUUCUGGAUUUAAUUGAUGGUCAUAUUCAAUGCUGUUCAAAUUAUUCACAAAAACAGAGACCACUUUCUCAACUUGUUGAAGCUUGGGAAAUUGAUACAAAGAUUUUUCAACAGGCCCAA